AUGGCGUCUGUGUGCUCAUUUCAUGGCAUCAUUGGCAUUCAAAAUGCUGUUCCCUACGCAUUGGAGGCCAGGAAACACUUUUGGAAAAUGGAUGGAUUUGUGCCUCUCUCUCUUGACAUAGAGGAUGAUCUUGCAGAUCUCGCUGUGUCUGUCUUCAUCUUCGGUGGAACCACUGCGCCACCUGAAGAUGGAAUUUACUUCAUCAACGCUCGCGUAAUUACCAGCACAAUAGAUGAACAUGUCUCUCUCGAGCUUUACUGUGUGGAUGAGAUGCAACCAACUGACAGUGGAAGGACUCUUCCUACCAUCAUUGUCGUCGGCAAGGUUUCAAGAGGCUCUUCUGAACUUGUUGAGAGCAGUAGGAACUGGUGUCUUUGUGAGGCGAGGAUGAUCCUCAGGAUAGAAGCAGCGGAUGCGCGCGAGUUGUUGUGGCAUGAUACCGUACUGCAUGAUGUCCAUGUCGAAAGCACGACUGAGAAACAUAUCAUUGUUCAAGGCUGUAUCUCUGAGCUCCUUCACAACCGCUGCGUCGUGCGUGUUCACGAUAUCACUCUUGGACCUUCCAGUGGUGUCAUCGAGAAGCGCAGACACGCAGAUGCAGUUCCUCCUGCCAAGUUAAAAAGCUUCAAUUGGAGCGGAGGUGGAAAGGGUAAGGGGAAGCGAGCAUCUCAUACUGAUUCAGAUGUUGAUUUAGAUCUAUCACCUCGGCACAAUGACAAAGCUCACAAGCUUGAUGCUUCGGAGGACAUAGGCGAGGGACCAAGCAAGAAAAAGUUUUGUCUUCCAAAUCAGUGA